GGCAACUGGUCCGUUUUUCUAUCUGAACUGUGGUUUUUUUUUUUUCCGGCAUCCUUUCGUUGUUGCACGCAUUCUCCAGGUUUAGUUGGAGCUCGUUCGGGUUCGGGGGAGUCACGCAGAUAGUUGCCACGAGCGAGAGAGUAGCGUGAAAUUUUGCCUAGUUUUCUCCAGGAAUUGAAGCUAUCAUGCCCUCGCUGGGGCUGUGCAGGCCCCCUUUUGUUGCCGCUGCGAAUGCGCCGUCGCAUUGUAUCCCCUCGUGCUCCUCGGCCUCCACUUCAGUGUCCCGCUUCCUAGCCGGCGGGCCCAGGCCGUGUGGAAGCGUGAGGAGGCGAUGGGUGGAAAUGUCGGGGAGAACGUCGUGGUCGCGGCCACGGGGGCAUGUGGAAUGCCGUGCGCAAGGAGGUGAAGGCGUGGUUCAGAAUUUCGAUGACAGUAGGCGACAGAAUGAAUCUUGGAGAGCUUAUGCCUUUGGUGACGAUCUUCCCACGCAAGCCGAGGCUGUCACUCAGGGCACACAAACUGUACAAACAGAGUACAAGGCCACUCCAGAUUUAGAUUACUUGCAGGAGCUUCUAGCCAUUCAGCAGAAUGGACCAAGGGCUAUAGGGUUUUUUGGUACUCGGAAUAUGGGGUUCAUGCACCAGCAACUCAUUGAGAUUCUUAGUUAUGCGAUGGUUAUCACGAAAAAUCACAUUUAUACAUCAGGAGCAGCGGGAACAAACGCAGCUGUUAUAAGGGGAGCAUUGAGAGCUGAAAGACCAGACCUCCUUACUGUAAUUCUACCUCAGAGCUUAAAGAGACAACCAGCUGAGAGCCAAGAUCUGUUAUCGAAGGUUAAAAAUGUUGUGGAGAUGCCUCACAAUGAUCACUUGCCGUUGAUUGAAGCUAGCAGACUAUGCAACAUGGACAUUAUAUCACAUGUGCAACAAGUUAUAUGCUUUGCCUUUCAUGAUAGUAAUUUACUCAUGGAGACUUGUAGUGAAGCUAAAAACAUGCGCAAAAUAGUUACUCUUUUCUACCUAGAUUGACAGAUGGUGUAUUGUAGUGUUGAAAUCGUGAGGGAGUCAACUUCGAAAAUGAUUAUCACAUAUGUAAUUGAGCAUUUGAACAUGCUGUCGUUGAGAGAGUAGUGUUGUGGAACACAGUCAAUUCUUUCUUCAAGCAUCUGAAGCCCCACUCUACAGGAAAUCUUGUGGACACUUUAAUAAGCAUUGAAUGCUUAUGAUAUCAACUGUUCUGAUUGUCCUGGGAA